AUGAAUAAAGCUUUUCAAAGAAGUAAUAAUAAAUAACAAUAACAGAGCAUUCUGACAAUAGUAUUCUUAAAGGCAAAACAUAACAUCAUACCCAACAGAGAAGUCCUAUGAGUACUAAAGAAAAUGAUAUGAAAUUUAAAUAUCCUGAAGUUCUUCGUCGUAAAGAAUCUAAACCUUUGUAAGUGUAAACAAAUUAAUCAGAUAUGAGAUCUCCUAGUGCUUAAUCUACAUAAUCACCAAUUAAUAGUAAAUAUUGUAAUAUAUUUUUUAGAGAGUAUGCUAAUUACUCAUCGAUCUCAAUCAAUGUUUUAAGAUGCAUAAUAUAUUGAUUAUAUUAUAACAAACAAAGAAGUAAAUUAAUUCCUGAAGAAGCAUUUCUUACAUGAACAUAUGCAUACUAAUAGUUCUAGAAAUACAAAUACAAAUACUAAAUUAAUUUGUGAUUCUUGGGAUAAAGUUCCUGUGAGUUAUUUUAUAAAAGCUCUAUUUAAUGAGUAUCCUGAAAUAAUAGAGGAUCAUCAUCUAAAUGAGAAAUUGAAUAUUAAAUUGAAAACUCUAAUAAAGGAUUUGAUUUCUGAAGAUGGAUAACUAUUAUCUUUGAAUAAGCUUCAAAUACAUACAAGACAUUUAGGAUUAUUAGGAUUGUUAUUGACUGCUCUUAGAGAUAUAUAAGAUGCUCCUACAGUAAAUCAUAAUACUCCUCAUAAUUAAUCCAUUUCAAAUGAAUUAGAUAUCUCUACUACAUAAUAAUAAUAAUCAAAAUUUUAAAGAUUAGCUUAAGAUUUAACAACAUCAGCAGAGAAUAGAAUAAAUGAAUUAGUUAAUUUAAAGUUAUAAUAAUUCACUAUUAAACAAAAAGAAUUAGAAAAAUAGAUUUAAUAAUUAAAAUAGAAGGCUACUGAAAAUUUUGAUCUUUUUUAACAUGAAGCCAAAAAUAAAUAAGUUAUUACAAAUUUAACAUAAUAAUUAUAAUAGAAAGAUUAAAUUAUUGCAGAUCUUGAAUAAAAACUAAUUAAAAAAUGGAUGAAUUCAUCAAUAGAAGAAGAAACACAUAUUACUAAAAUUGCAUAACCAAAAGCUUCUCCUAUUAAAAUUUAAAGUCCAAGUCAAUCUCCAUUUAAUGAUUGCAAUCAAUAUUUAUAAAGGAUGAUUAGCAAUUUAUGUACUGUUUGGGAUCUUGGUUGUGCAAAUGAAGAUUAUAGGUUUGCUUAAAUUUUAACUGCAUAAGAAAAUAAUUAAAUGCCAUAUUAACAUUUUUAACUCAUUCCUAUUAUUAAAACAAUUCCUGGAUUUAAUGAUUUUAUAUUUAAAUCAUAAAAUAAUAAUCAUAUCAUAACGAAUUUUAUUUAGAAUUGCAUGAAUAAUGACAAUAAUAUUAUUUUAGAAAUGUAUUAUGAAAUUAUCACCUUAUUACCAAAUUUAAAAAUUAGUGAUUAAGAUUAAUAUUUAAUUAAUGUAAUGCAAUUAUUUCUAAAAUUAACUGUUUCAAUUUUGUAGAUAAAAACUGUAUUCAAUAUAAAUAAAUUAAAAGAAUGGGGAUUAAUCAAAAGACAAUUAACUGAAUAACAAAAUUAAUUUGUUAAAAAUUUAAUUACUUAGAUUGUCUAGAUUAAUUAAUAUAGUAUAAAACAAAUACCAUAAUCAAAAUUGUGGAAUUAGCAAUAGAUUUAUCAUGAUUAAUAUAUAUCAGAAUACAACAAUCGUUUAAUUGAGAAUUAAGUGAUUAAUAAUAUAUUAAGGAAAUAACUUAAUUAGAUACACAAUAAACAGAAUAUGAGAUUGUCUCUAAUAAUUAGGAUAGUGUAAUGUUUUUAUUACAAUGAUGUAGAGGAAUUGAUUGGGUUAAUGUAAUCUAUUUAAGGUGAAACAGAUGUAGAUAUUUAUUUAUCAAAAUUAAUCUUAGAUUGUGAUUGCAUAAAUUUAAUUUUAUUUCCUAGUUUGUUUAAUCCUAAAUUAGUUCUGAAAUCAAUCACCAAUUUAUUAUAAUUUAAGUGUCCUGGUUAAUUUUAUAUACUAUAUACUAAAUAGGUAUGUUAAAUAAGAAAUAUUGAUUUAUUAAUAGACUUAUUAACUAAAAUGCAUAAUACUAUGAAUUCAGAUGUUGUUCUAAAAUUAUGGGAUGUGUUAGGUGCUAUUGCUAAAAGUGCAACAUUAAAGGAAUGUAAAGAAGGAUUAUAAUUUGUAAUAAGAUUAUAUUAGAAUUCUCAUCAAGCAACAAUUAUACAUAAUAUAUAAUAAGUUUAAAAAAAUUUAGCAAUCCCAAUCUGA